AUGGAAAGCCUCAGUGAAACCCGCUGGGACGUGCUCAUCGCCGGCACUGGCGUCGAGCAGUCCCUUCUUGCACUAGCUCUGUCGCGCUCCGAUAAGAAAGUCUUACAUGUUGACAAGAACGACUUCUAUGGAGGACCUCAAGCGGCUUUUAGCUUGCAAGAGGUAGAAGCAUGGGCGAAGAGAGUCAACGACGAUGAGACGAAGCCGUCCUCGUUGUUUCGCCAUGCCUCCAUAACCCAACCCACGCCGACCGACUCGGGUGAAGACGGACCCAAGCUUGGCUUCUCGAGAUCGUACAGUCUUGCGCUAGCUCCGCAGCUGUUGUAUAGCCGCUCUGCCAUACUUCCUACGCUGGUGUCGUCGAAAGUCUACCGGCAGGUUGAGUUCCUGGCAGUCGGUAGCUGGUGGGUAUACUCUUCGGAUACCGAGUCUCCGGCGGAAUCCUUGGAUGCAUCUGAAGAGGGCCCUCAGUCUGCUGGACGCUUGACAAAGGUCCCAGGCGGCCGCGAAGACAUCUUCUCCGAUGAAACCAUCGACUUCAAGGCAAAACGGCUUCUGAUGAAGUUUUUGCGCUUCGUCGGCGAUUACGAGGGCCAGGAGGACGUUUGGCUGGAUUAUCGUGCCGUAUCCUUCGCCGACUUCCUUUCGGACCACUUCAAGAUUCCAAAGGACAUGCACGGUCCGCUAUUGGCAUUGACUCUGUCUUUGGAGACACCCGAGAAGACUACCACGGAGUACGCGCUUCCGCGGAUCGCGAACCAUCUGCGGUCGAUUGGCGUGUUCGGCCCGGGCUUUGCCUGCGUCAUUCCGAAGUGGGGCGGCCUUGCAGAAAUUUCUCAAGUCGCCUGUCGCGCUCAGGCCGUUGGCGGUGGUAUUUAUGUCCUUGGACAAGGCGUCACCAACGUCAAUACUGACGUUGAUACUUCCCCGGAGGCCACAGACGAUGUUUCACAGGCCAGAGUCUCAGCACAGCUGACGGAGGGCGACAAUAUCUCUACGAGAUGGAUCGCUGGCUCAGAUGAUGACCUCCCAUCUCACGUAGAGCCUUCAGAUACUGAGCCUGUCGCGUGCUCGAGAAGUAUCUCCAUUGUCUCAUCCACCCUGAAACAGCUCUUUCCGCCCUUGGCUGAAGGUGCUCCUGCUCCUGCCGGCGCAGUAGUCUCAUUUCCUACUGGAAGCCUGAAUGUGGACGGUAGUAUUGAGCACCCGCCAGUGUAUGUUUUCGUCCACACGAGCGACACUGGCGAGUGCCCAGUAGGCCAAACUGUCCUUUAUGCUUUCGCCUCCCCCACGGGCGAACGGGGCGCCAAGCUCCUCAACGCCGCUGUCGCCGCUCUCCUCCAGAGCGUCGACGAAGAAAUCACGCCCAAGCUCCUGUGGUCUAUGCACUACGAGCAGUGUUCGCGCAGCGGCAACGUCGUGCCUGCUACCACUCACGAUAGCGUCUUUGCUUUCCCUCCUCCCUCAUUGGAACUUAAAUUCGACGACUCCAUGCUCGAUCACGUCCGUACCAUUUGGGAGAAGAUCGAGGGUGACGACGCCGACCCGGCCUUCUUUAUGAGAUUCGAGGAUCGGGAGGAGAUUGACGAUGACGAUUACGAAUGA